AUGAAAUUCCUCUGGCGCAACACUACUCAGGUAGCAUUUGGCAAGGAAGCAGUAAAGGAGUACAUUCCAAAAUUCGUCAAGCCAAAGAGCCGUAUCAUUUGCACCUAUGGUGGAGGAUCAAUUUUCAAAAAUGGAGCCCAUGAUGAUGUUCAAUCCGCCUUAGAAGCACUUGGAUGUGAAGUCAAGUGGGAAGGUGGCAUUCCUGCUAACCCAGAAUUUGAUCGUUGCGUCGAGAUCGUCAAAGUUGUCAAAGAAUUCAAACCAGACUUAAUCAUUGCUGUUGGUGGCGGCUCAAUUGUUGAUGGCACUAAGUUCAUCUCAGUCGCUUCCGUCAUCCCUGAUGAUGCUGAUCCAUGGGAUAUGGUAAUCAACGCCAAGUUUCCAGACCACCACAUUCCUUUCGCUACAGUCAUGACACUUCCAGCAACAGGAAGUGAAUGGAAUAACGGUUGGGUCAUUUCUCGCCGCUCAUUAAACGCAAAAGUUUCAGGAUCAAGAUGCCAAAUCACAUACCCUGAAUUCUCCAUUCUCGAUCCAAAGUAUACAAUGACAUUAUCAGUCCGUCAGCUCAGAAACGGUCUCUUUGACUCUUUCUGCCACAUGGUGGAACAAUAUUGCACUGGUGAGCCAUGUCCAAUGUUCGACAGCUUCUGGUUGUCUUCUAUCAAGGAAGUUUUCGACAUUGCUGAUGCCAUUAUGUCACCAAACCAGACAAUCGAAGCUCACGAACGCUUAAUGAUGUGCGCUUUGUUCGGCCUCAACAGAUUGUUCGGUAUGGUCAAGGGACAAUGCUGGGCUAUCCAUACAAUGGGUCACCAACUCACAGGUGUCUACGGAAUCGACCACGGUGCUACACUUUCAAUCAUCAUGCCACAUAUGUACCGCGAACUCUUCGAACAGAGGAAAUAUCACCUUGCUGAACUCGCCAGAUUCAUCUUCAACGCAAAGGGAACUGAUGAUGAGUGCGCAAAGAUCGCUCUCAAAGAAAUCGACAAUUUCAUCGAAAAGAUCGGUAUUGCUAAAAAGGUCAGUGAUGUUUGCGAAGCCAACAAGUCUGUCGAUGACCUCAUGACACAGCUCGAAAACUUUACUCAUGGAAAUCCAUUCGGAUUCCAAGGCCAAGUUAGUUCUGAGAUGGCCAGAAGAAUUUACACACAAAUCAAUGUCUAA